AAAACGGGGAGAGAAAGUUGGCUGUGCGGCCUUCUGAGGGAGUCACCAUCCAUUUGGAUUACGACUUAUAUGGGCUCAAAGCUAAUCAGAAUGGGCUGCAUGGGUUGGGGGCUUUGUGAUUACUCUUCACGCCUCAUGGAAUCUAAUAGCAGAAGUUUUCAGCCCUGGAAAGACUACAUGGGACUGUCGGGGGUCGUCCAAGGAAUCAUAGCUCGAAAUAACUCCGAGCAUUUUACCCCAGCGGCCUAUAAAAUUGACGAGGCUGCGGCCUGUGGUGGUCUGCGCCAGAACGCGCUCCCCGAAAGAAGCGAGCCCGAGACAGCUGAUGUUCCAGCUGUUGCUGUUGGAUCUUCAAGUCUUCGAUUCAACACGCGACAACCGGGUGGUGGCCAGCGGGACGACGCGCUUCUUUCUGCUAAUCGGCCAACCGAAGCGGGCAUGAAAGGUGCCCCGAGCGGCCCAGAGCGUAGCGAGACGACGGCGCGCCAGGAGAGCCCACGCAGCCCAUCUCCAGUGCGCAUGCGGUGCAUGUUUUGUAAAAACAACGGCGAGACCGAAUCUGUCUACAAGUCCCACCGGCUGAAAAACCAGGCUGGGGAGGUUCUCUGCCCUUAUCUGAGCCGGUACGUGUGCCCACUGUGCGGAGCCACGGGCACCAAAGCCCACACCAAGCGCUUUUGCCCCAAUGUGGACAAAGAGUACAUUUCAAUAUACACUAACCCCAAACGUCGCCGCGCCACUUGGUGCGGGUUCUCCCAGAAGCAAGACGCAAAGCUGCUUAACUGACUUUCAUCUGGUUCAACAAGUGUGCCGUGUGUGUUCUUUUUGUUUGCGCGCCUUGACCAAAAUUAAUCUUAACUUUGCAUGUUUGCUGUGUACUUCUUCUACUAGUUUUCAGGUGUUAUUUGCUAAAAUAUUGUUUUAGACAACGGCAGACAUUUUAAUAUCUGACCGGCUAAAGUUUGUCUGUGGACGUUCUUCCCUCUGUAUAAAUCCCUCUUCAGCGUUUACGCACAACACCACACGAUUGUCAUUUUCUAUCACAUCACUUUUUAUGUUUUAGAUUUUAGAUAGUUUUGGAGUGUGUAUAAAAAAAAAAAGUUUUGAAUACUAUUUUAUUUGCAUGUGAACCUUGAAAAAAAUGUUAAAGCUCUGUUUGUAGAGGAAAUGUGUGUGUUUUUAUUCACCUAAAUUAGAACUAUUGCAAACAUAUACUUUAGGUUGUGGUCAUAAUUAAGUGAAAGGCUCAUGGAACUUUUUAGACAUCUGAUUCGUAUACAUCCUGUUAUAAAUCAACC